AUGAGCUUCAACAUUGAAUCACAGAUCUCAAGCUGCGGUGGCAAGCUUCUGAAGUUAAAACACGACUCUAAGUCGACCAAAACUUCCAUGGACGUCAAUGUCUACUUGCCCAGACAAUACUUUGAAGAAAAGGCCGGCAAGAUACCAGCUGUGUACUACUUAUCAGGACUGUCGUGUACACCUCAGAACGCCUCGGAAAAGGCCUUUUGGCAACCUCAGGCAGACAAAUACGGUUUCGCAAUGGUCUUCCCAGAUACGUCUCCCCGCGGUGAAAAUGUUCCUGACGACCCAGAGGAAAGCUGGGACUUUGGACUCUCUGCCGGCUUCUACGUCGACGCUACUCAGAGCCCUUACCACAAAAAUUACAAGAUGUACAGUUAUGUUCACGACGAGCUACCUCGCGAGUUGUAUCAGUUUUUCCAGACUAGCGGUUUGGGUGCUGGCUCUACCGUUGACUUUUUAGACAAUGUGGCAAUCACUGGGCAUUCCAUGGGUGGGUUUGGAGCUCUGUCAGGAUAUCUUCAACAAUAUUCGAGUCCGAGGAAAUACAAGUCGUGCUCUGCGUUUGCAGCUCUUGUAAACCCAUCGCAAGUUCAAUGGGGCAAAAAAGGUUUCGGUGGCUACUUGGGUAGUGAAGUAGCGCAAUGGGAGAAAUAUGAUCCAGUUAACCUCGUUAAAGUCGUGUCGAACAACGGAAACGAUACGAUCUUGAUUCAUCAGGGUACAAGCGAUCCUUUUUACAAAGAUCAACUGAAACCUCACCUGCUUAUCGAGGCCGCAAAAGGGACUUCUUGGGAAGGGAAGAUAAAUCUGAAUCUCGUCGACGGGUUUGACCAUUCCUACUAUUUCGUGAGCUCUUUUGUUCCACAACAUGCAGAGUUCCAUGCCAAAAAUUUGGGUCUUAUUUAG